AUGGAUCAAACCUCACAGGCCAAGGCAAACGAAGGUGCCACGAAUGGUGGUGACACUGAUGACAGCGCAGCUUCAUAUGCUCUAACAACAUACGACGACCAGCAACCUGUACCACUGGCUUCAGUGCCUCCUCCAUCGCCAGCCGGCAGCGUCGCCUUUGUUCCGUUCCCAGCCUCCCUGCAGGCCAGCGGCGCUGCAGCCUACCCAGCCACCAUUCCGCCGCCGCCGUUCUCAAAUCCACACGAGAUCGCGUUCCAGCAGCAGCAGCACCGCCAGGAGGAGCAGCUGCAGGCGUUCUGGGCGGGCCAGCACGCCGAGGCCGAGCAGCAGGCGGAGGCGGGCGAGGUCAAGCUCAAGGCCUACCACAGCCUCCCGCUGGCGCGGAUCAAGAAGAUCAUGAAGGCCGACGCGGACGUCAAGAUGGUCGCGGCCGAGGCUCCCGCGGUGUUCGCCAGGGCCUGCGAGAUGUUCAUCCUCGAGCUCACGCUGCGGGCGUGGCUCCACGCCGAUGGCGCCAGGCGCCGGACGCUGCAGCGGGGCGAUGUCACCGCCGCGAUCCACAGCACCGAGACCUACGAUGUCCUCACCGACAUCGUGCCGGAGGAGGAACGCUUGUAG